AUGGCCGUCGACAAUACCGAACACACCCGAUCACGGCAACCUUCGACAUCCUCAAAUUUCGCGACGCCCCGCGACACCAUCACAGUAGCACGGACGCGAAUCCAUCAAGUAACACAACACAUCUCCAACAAACUUCCCUCCACACUACGAAAAGACAUGUCGACGCAAGAGUUCAAGCAGGCAGCGCACAAGCUGCUGGUCAUCCCGGGACCCAUCGAGGUCGCCGACGACGUGCUCUUGGCCAACGCUCACCCGGCCAUGUCGCACGUAUCGCCGGACUUCAUCCCCGUCUUCGGUGACUGCAUUCGCAUGCUCCGUGAAGUGCUCUUUGCACCCAACUCGCAGCCCGUCCUCACCGCCGGUUCGGGCACGCUCGGUUGGGACCACGUCGCCGCCAACGUGAUUCAGCCUGGCGAGGAUGCGCUGGUGCUCAACUCGGGCUACUUUGGCGACAGCUUCGCUGAAUGCCUCGAGACCUACGGCGCCAAGGUAGACCAGAUCAAGGCGCCCAUCGGUGCCAAGCCUUCGCUCGCCGAAGUCGAAGAGGCUCUCAAGAAGAAGCAGUACAAGGUGCUCACUUUCACCCAUGUCGACACCUCGACUGGUGUGUUGAGCGAUGCCAAGGGCCUCGGCGAGCUCGUCAAGCGCGUCAGCCCCGAGACCAUCCUGGUGCUCGACGGUGUUUGCAGCGUGGGCAGCGAAGAGAUCCGCAUGGAGGAAUGGGGCAUCGACGUUGUCCUUACCGCUACUCAAAAGGGUCUCGGCUGCCCUCCCGGUCUCAUGGUGCUCGCUGCCAGCAAGAAGGCUAUCGCCGCGUAUGAGAAGCGCACGGUGCCUCCCAACAGCUAUUUUGCCUCUUGGACGAGGUGGUUGCCUGUCAUGAAGGCGUACGAGGCCGGUACAGGAGCCUACUUUGCCACCCCGCCCACCAACCUCAUCUACGCACUCCACCAAAGCUUGACUACGAUCACCAAGUCGUCGCCUUCGCUCGAGGACCGCUUCAAGCAGCACGUGGCUGCUUCGGACCGCGUCAAGGACUUCGUCUCGCAGCUCGGACUCAAGCAGCUCGCUGCUGACGGCAAGAAGGACGGCGCACACGGCAUGACGGCGGUGCGCUACCCAGAGGGCCUCAAGGCCACCGACUUGCUGCCCAAGCUUGUGGCCAAGAACAUCGUCGUGGCCGCCGGCCUGCACAAGCAGGUCAAAGAUGAAUACUUCCGCAUCGGCCACAUGGGCGUCACAGUCGUCAACGAUAAGGAGCGUGGCGACAUCGAGUACCUGCUCACCAGCAUCAAGGAGGCGCUUGCCGAGGCCGGCUACAAACCUUAG